UUUUGGAUAUAUACUGUCUCAAGAAUAUAAAAUAAGAUUAUAUUAUGCAUAUGAUUAUAAUUAUUGAUUAUUUUGUUCAAAUCUUUUGAGUCAUCUAAAUGAGACAAAAUUACUGUCUUAAUGUUAGGUAAAGAUAAAUUACAACAAUGUCAAAUAAUAAUGGGACAUUAUUUUCCUAAUAAUAUUUUGUUUUAUUGUAAUAAUAAUUCCCUGUCGUAUGGGUAUAAAUAUUUCAAGGUCAAAGAGAAAUGUUCACUAUAAUAACCCUGUCCUUACUACACACAGUUUAAUUCGUCAAACAAAGCAUGUGAAUUGUAGAGAGGAUAGUCGUAUAAACCCAUUCGAUAUAAUUAUUAAUGAUAAUAAUAAUCAAGUUGAAUUAAAUCGAUUCUUCACUGAAGGUGAUCAUACUACAUAUGAUAUUAGUGACAACAAUGAUGCUGACGGAAAUGAGUUUCUUCAGAGCAAUCUUCAUGAAAGUGAAAUUUACAAAAUGCUCCAGCAAGAUACACCCUGCCCAAUCGUUAAAAAUAAUUUUAUCCCAUCAGAUAGAACAUCAGUAGUUUUACAGAAAUAUCAUCAUGAUGAUGGUGAUGAUAAUAAUAACAGUCAGAGAUUGUUAAAUAUGCAAAAUGAAGACAAUCAUUGUUUACACAGAUUUAAAUUUACCUCACCAUCAUUUUUAAGUAUACAGAGAAAAAAGGCGCAAAUUAAGGCAAUUAAUCAAAGACCAGCAUGGAAACCUGCACUUAAAGUAAAUUAUACAAAGACUACUAAUGAUGAUUACAAUGAUGAAGUGAGCAGAAAAUUUAAACAAUUACGCCAGAAUAAUUUUCAAUCAACAAUAUGUUACAACCGCAUGGAAACACCAAGUUCAAUAUGUAGUAUGAUAGGAGAUAACAGUUAUUAUUCUUUGAAUAAUACAGCACAUAUAAGAAGGUGUACAACAGCUCAACUUAUAAAAAUCGAUGAAGGUAUACGUGAACUUGAAAGUAUCAAGGGCAGUCGAUCAAUGAAACCUAACAGUAGACACUUAUUUACAAAAUCUAAGUCUAAAAGGCAUAAUGAACAAGAUAUCAUUGAAAUGGAAAACUUUAAAAAUGAAAUACGUACACAAUCCAGUAGUGGCUCACAUUCAAGUUAUCCCAGUGAUCAAAUAAAGCUGACAAGAAAUAUAGAACCGAAUGCAUCACAGGAACAACAAUCUUCAAAGGAAGACAAUGAUGCAAGGAUGAUAUCAACUAGAAUAAAUAAUAAUUGUAAUGAAAUAUCUAACGGCAAAAAUAUCACUUAUCACAUGAAUCAAAUACAAAAAAGCGAUUUAUUACCACUACACUAUGUAUUCUAUGUUGAAGACAAUCAAAAAACACUCAAAGCAUUUGUACACGGCGGGAAAAUCUCAUCGAUCGCCUACGAUACCCAGUGUCAUGUCUACUAUCAUGCAAGACAUAAACAUCUCAUUCAGUCAGUUAAAACUUGUGAGCAGAAUAUGAAGUCGGUAUAUGCUAAAAAGAAUAUGAAAUAUGCAGGUGAUGAUUAUGAUAAUAGUAGUUGUAUCAGCAGUAGUAAUACUAUAUAUAAUAAUAGAAUAACUGAACCAGCCUUGUUUUAUCAAGGCAAACAAGUACGUCCAGUGACUGUAGCCGCACCGAAUAUACAUAAAUUGAAACAAUUCUUAGAAAUGCUUGAUAUGCAUUAUCCAGAAUUUGAAGCAAGUGCAUUUUUAUAUGAUCAUUUAGUAUGAUGUAAAGAAAAUGAAAGAAAAUUCAAGGUUUAAAUGUUGUCGGAUGAUAUUUUUAAACUAGUUAUAGUUCAAUCUGUAGAUUAUAAAGAUAAUCCAUGUAUGAUGUCACUAUUAUUGACAAUAACCUGACUAUGCUGAUAUUUUGAUAAAAAAAAGUUAUACACUGUGUAGUGUGAAUAUGUAGAUAUCAGUG